CUUAUCUUCAACUAAUGAAGAAAAAAAUAUCAGGGACAGAGCUAAAAAAUUUAACUUUGCCCUCGGCACUCGUGGAAUUUGAGAGGUUUUACAACACACAUUCUAACAUUGAUUACAGCGUUAUUCAGUAUGGUAAUUUUACUAACAGACAAGGUUAUCUAACAAUAGGGAUUCCUACUGUAAAAAGACGAUUAAAUGGUGACCACUACAUUUACACAACGCUAAACUCUCUUAUUUCUAACACCGAUGAAGGUAGAAUACAGGAUGUUGUUAUUGUGAUUUUCAUGGCAGACCCUGACGAAUCUUGGAAUAAUGAAAGUGCAAAAAAGAUAUAUGAUGAAUUUAAGCCUCAUUUUGAUAGCGGUUUCAUGCAGAUAAUAAAAGCACCUGAACAUAUAUACCCAGACUUUUCAAAUUUGCAGAAAACAAAACAGGAUUCCGCAGACAGAGUCCAAUGGAGAUCAAAACAAAAUAUUGAUUUCGCCUUUUUAAUGCUGUAUUGCCAGAAUCUUAGUACAUAUUAUAUACAAUUAGAAGACGACGUUCUGGUCGCCACUAAUUUCGUUAAAGAUAUCGAAAGUUUUGUUUUGAAUCGUACAAACCACUGGAUUUGUUUGGAAUUUUCGUAUCUUGGAUUUAUUGGUAAAAUGUUUCAUUCAAGUGAUUUACGAGUGAUUUCAUCAGUUUUGUUAACGUAUUUCAGUGAAACACCAUGUGAUCUUUUACUAGGAGGAAUCAUAAAAUUCUUAGGACAAAAUUCUCCUAUUCAUUCACCUGUUAGUUUAUUCCAACAUAUUGGUAAAAUUUCGUCUCUCCGGAAUAAAAUGAUGCCUUCUAUAGACCGAUUUUUCAAAGAUAAAGGAUCAAACAUUCUUCCAAUUAUGAAGCUACCAAAAGGCGAUCAUCCCGAUGCAAAGUUUGUAACUAAUAUGAAAGUCAUACCCGGUUUUCCACCGGAAAAUGUGUAUAAAAAUAAUUUAUAUUUUUGGGCUUCAUACCCUAGAAGUAAACAGUAUUUUAGAAUAAUUUUUACAAAAAAUUUGAAUAUGUCACGAUUAGUUAUUUCUACGGGUGAAAAUAUCAAUAAAACGGAUUUUUUAGAGCAUGGAGUAUUAAAGGUUGGUUUUAAUAAUAAACAAAGUAUUUGCAAUGAUUUGAAAGAAAUUGGUCGUUUCGUUGAAGGUGAAUUCGAUUCUUUAAUACAAGGAAUAGCUAUACCAGAAAAUAUAAAAUGCUUGCACAUAGAAGCUAAAAAGGGACAAAAACGGUGGUUGAUUAUAAGAGAAAUAGAAAUGUUCCAAAAUAAAAUAUGAAAUAUUU